AUGGGAUGCUGUUUAUGUUAAUUUUUUGAGUUUGUUGUCGUUUAUUGUUAUUAAUAUGGGCUUGCCGGCAAUUGUAUAAAAACUUGAUGUCAUUUCGUAUAAAUUUGAGAGAGAUGGUCUUAUAUUAUUUCUAGUCAGUCAAAUAAAUUUCAAUAAUGUUUCUGUCGCAAAACAUGACACAAUCUGGAUCCAAAAAGCGUCUAUUCAGCGAAGCUUUCGGUACAACUCAAAGCAGCGCAAGUCAAUGUGCGGAGAACUUCCCAACCAGGUUCAAAAGUCUUCUGCAGGAGCAGCAGGUUGCCCUGCAGCAGACGAGACAGGACCUUUUGGACCCUGUAAAGAAAAACAGCGUCAAGUCCAUGGUUUUCCUUGCCAAUCAGCUCGUUUCUAAAGGCUCGUUGUCCAAAGUUUCCCUUGGCAAGCUGAUUAGAAGCUUUCGGCUUCCUUUGGAGCUGGUUUGGAUGCUGCAUUGUGCUGAACUCCUUCACUGCACCUUGUACCUGGAAUCAUUGGAUGAGGCAAACCUGGCGUCCGUGGGCGUCCGUCUCGCCAAGUUGGUGCAGGAUGGCGCCGUCGUGUCUGUGGACCUGAUCAAGAGCUGCGCCGCCUUGGCGCACGGCCCUGAGCCUCCCGCCAACCUGGCGCCUGUGGUCCGGACGUGCCACGCCCUGCUGGCUCAGGUGGAGCGCCGGCUGCCCUUCGAGGAGGAGGACAGUGCCGAGAAGGGGCCCUGGUGGCUGGCGCAUUUGCAGCAGUCACUCAGUCCGGGCGUCUUUGCCAGGCUAGCCGGAAGCCUGCUCGAGGUGCGGCUGACGUCACCGCCGUUCAUCAGCGUCCACCAGGCCCUCGCCAGGCAGCAUGAGUGGAAAUACCCUUUGCCUGCCUUCAAAAUGCUAUUGGAGAGUCAGGGUUCGUCGACAAGUGCUCUAAACCUGCUGACCAGAGUGAUCAACGAGGCACGCGAAGUGAACUGGAAGUCCGCGCUGAUCUGUGUCUCGUCCUUUGUUUCACUAUACUCUGAUGCCGACCAGAAGCUCUCAGAUUUGGUGCGUGCGUGGUUGAGUCAGGCGCUGGAGCAUCAGGAGCCAGAGACGCUUCUUCUGUGCUUCGUGCUGAUUCGGCAGCUGGGCCACGCGAGCCCCACGGCGCCCUACGCCUCCUGGUUCAGAAACACGUUUGGCAGCAAACACAACACGCCGUGCAGGACGCCAGCUCACUUUUCCUAUCUUCUUUCCUUCCUGAACCAACUGGUGCAGCACGAGCCACUCCACUGCCUCAAAACCCACCAUGAAAUGCCGCCAUACGUGCCUGAGAAGCUUAGAAGUGAGCUGUCCGAUUGGCGGACGAUGCUGUUCACUCGGAUAAAAGAUCUGAGUGACAGCAACCCUGGCGGCAUCUUCCCAAGCGAGCAAGGCACCAGAACUCAGGAGCAGCAGGUGCAGAGCGACGUGGAAAAGGCGAUUGCUCACUUUGAAAGUAGCAAAAAGGUGCACGAGUUGGUGAUGAAGGCUGCGAUAUGCAGGAAGAAGUACUUUGACUCGAAUUUUCUUCCGGCCCUGCUCAUUCCAAGGAGUGGGUGGAGGGCGAACGACGCGCAAACACGCCUCAUAGACAGCCUGCUGAAGGUGGGGAAGGUGAGUGUGGGGCAGUUCGAGGCGUUCCACGCGCUGUGUCUCGAAAGAAAGUACACGUGAACGCUGGUUACUCUCAGAUAUCCCUUUAUUUUGAAGAAACGUCAUUAUAAAUCAGAGUAUCAUUCAUCGUGGCGUGAAUAUACAUUUCAAAAAACGAGGAUGCUCAAUAAAAACAGCGUUUGUUGAUUA